AUGGAACACACCGAUGCAGACCAGCCGCUUCUCGGGAACGAUGGUGACAACCCCAGCGAUGUGUUACAGGAGUCCCCAGGCGUAUCUGCCGAAGGGCUAGGUGGUCUGUUUAUCUGGGCUCUUACCUUUUCUGCCGGAAUUAGUGGCUUGCUUUUCGGUUACGACACUGGCGUCAUUUCUGCCACCCUUGUUUCUAUAAAAACAGAUCUUUCCGGAAAGAUUUUGACAACUAUGGACAAGAGUAUCAUUACUUCCUGUACCAGUCUGUUUGCCCUUAUUGCCAGCCCCUUGGCAGGCGUUUAUGCCGACAGCAUUGGGCGGAGGAAAGUUCUGUUGGUGGCAGAUGCUCUUUUCAUGAUUGGUGCAUUAUGUCAAGCACUUACUUCUACUGUUAUGGGUAUGGUCAUUGGACGUAGUCUUGUUGGAUUGGCUGUGGGGGCUGCUAGCAUGGUAUCAUCGUUAUAUAUUUCCGAACUAGCACCGUCACAUUUGCGUGGAAGACUGGUUACUAUACUUGCUCUUUUCAUUACUGGAGGCCAAGUUGUUGCAUACAUCAUAGGUUGGCUAUUUUCAAAAACACCUGCAGGCUGGCGCUGGAUCGUUGGCUUAGGCGCAGUGCCUGCGAUAAUGCAAUUCAUAAUCCUCAUCUUCCUACCCGAGUCUCCUCGAUGGCUGGUUCAAGCCGGUUAUGUUGCCGAAGCAAGGCACGUCUUAAUCAAGGUCUUUGGCUCAGACUCGCAGGCUGCAUACAAAGCCCGCACCGUGUUGCGAGCUAUCGAAGAGGAUGUCACCGAUGAAGCAGCGCAGCUCAGCCACAACAAAUCAGACAGUAGCUUCAGGCGGGCUUUACAGACAACGAGCGAGCUUUACAACGUUGACGGCAACAGACGAGCCCUUAUCCUUGCCAUGAUGCUGCAGGGUCUUCAACAGCUAUGUGGCUUCAACAGCUUGAUGUACUUUUCAGCGACUAUUUUCGAGUCUCUCUCAUUCUCUUCCCCAACUCUCACGUCCUUGACUGUUGCUGGAACCAACUUUUUGUUUACAUUGCUGGUGUUCUCGUUGAUUGACUAUAUAGGUCGCCGUCGUAUCCUUUUGUACUCGAUUCCAUUCAUGAUUGUUGCAUUGCUUGGAUGUGCUUUGGCAUUUUCACAUAUGAGAUGGAUACCCUCGUCGUAUUCAUUUGAGGAUGAUCAAGCACAGCCGUUAUCAAGUACAUCUUCUAUGCCUACCAUCAUCUUGAUUUGUCUUACUGUAUACACGGCUGCAUAUGCGUCAGGUCUUGGAAACGUCCCUUGGCAACAGUCAGAGCUAUUUCCCCUUUCUGUCCGUUCUCUUGGAUCAGCAUUUGCUACGGCUACCAACUGGGGUUCGAACUUUAUCGUUGGUCUGACGUUUUUGCCUAUGAUGGAGAUGUUGACUCCAAGAUGGACAUUUGUCAUUUAUGCGUUGGUAUGUGUUCUUGGUUGGAUCGGUGUAUGGUUUAUAUAUCCAGAGAUGAGUGGGAUGAGCCUUGAGGAAGUCAAGGAUCUUUUGAGUGAUGGCUGGGGCGUCAAGCAGAGUAUCAGACGGCAUCAGUCUCGAGAGACAUGA